AUGUCCACCACCAACAACAGCGGCGAGCCCAACAAGACCACCGGCCAGUACCACUCCCUGAAGGGUACCGUCGUCGAGGCCGUCGGCAACGUCACCGGCGCCCAGUCCUGGACCCAGUCGGGCAAGGAAGAGCACGCCCAGGGCGAGGCCGAGUACAACGCCGCCCAGGCCAAGGGCUAUGUCGAGGGCACCGCCGACCGUCUCUCGGGCAAGAAGGACGCCGUCGUCGGCGCCGUCACUGGCGACCGCCAGCAGGAGACUGCUGGCAACCUCCGCCACGACAAGGGCCAGGCUCAGCAGAACCUCAACUCGAACUCAUAA